CUUCUUCAGGAGAUCAAGCAAGCCAUCUCCCACGACUAAUUUAGAAGAAGAUUUACUUAGUCUCUGCUUCUCGCUCGAUCGCCGGCCGGUGAGGUAGCUAGCUAGCUACUCGUACUAGACCAUUACCAUGGGUUCCGUGCCGGAGGAGUCAGUGGUGGCGGUGGCACCGGCGGAGACGGUGUUCCGGUCGAAGCUCCCCGACAUCGAGAUCAACAACGAGCAGACGCUGCAGAGCUACUGCUUCGAGAAGAUGGCCGAGGUCGCGUCCCGCCCCUGCAUCAUCGACGGCCAGACGGGCGCCUCCUAUACCUACACGGAGGUCGACUCCCUGACCCGUCGCGCCGCGGCGGGGCUGCGCCGCAUGGGCGUGGGGAAGGGCGACGUGGUGAUGAACCUGCUGCGCAACUGCCCGGAGUUCGCCUUCUCCUUCCUGGGCGCGGCCAGGCUGGGCGCCGCCACCACCACCGCCAACCCGUUCUACACCCCGCACGAGAUCCACCGCCAGGCGGAGGCGGCGGGCGCCAAGCUGAUCGUCACCGAGGCCUGCGCCGUGGAGAAGGUGCUGGAGUUCGCGGCCGGGAAGGGACUGCCCGUGGUCACCGUCGACGGGAAGCGCGACGGGUGCGUGGACUUCGCGGAGCUGAUCGCCGGCGAGGAGCUGCCCGAGGCGGACGAGGCCGGGAUCCUCCCCGACGACGUGGUGGCGCUGCCCUACUCCUCCGGCACCACCGGGCUCCCCAAGGGCGUCAUGCUCACCCACCGCAGCCUCGUCACCAGCGUCGCCCAGCUGGUCGACGGUGAGAACCCGAACGUGUGCUUCAACAAGGACGACGCGCUGCUGUGCCUGCUGCCGCUGUUCCACAUCUACUCGCUGCACACGGUGCUGCUGGCGGGGCUCCGCGUCGGCGCCGCCAUCGUCAUCAUGCGCAAGUUCGACGUCGGCGCGCUGGUGGACCUCGUCCGCGCGCACCGCAUCACCAUCGCGCCAUUCGUGCCGCCCAUCGUCGUGGAGAUCGCCAAGAGCGACCGCGUCGGCGCCGACGACCUCGCAUCCAUCCGCAUGGUGCUCUCCGGCGCGGCCCCCAUGGGCAAGGACCUCCAGGACGCCUUCAUGGCCAAGAUCCCCAACGCCGUGCUCGGACAGGGGUACGGGAUGACCGAGGCUGGGCCGGUGCUGGCCAUGUGCCUGGCCUUCGCCAAGGAGCCCUUCAAGGUCAAGUCCGGGUCGUGCGGCACCGUGGUGCGCAACGCCGAGCUCAAGGUCGUCGACCCCGACACCGGCGCAUCCCUCGGCCGGAACCAGCCCGGCGAGAUCUGCGUCCGCGGGAAGCAGAUCAUGAUAGGUUACCUGAACGACCCAGAGUCUACCAAGAACACCAUCGACAAGGACGGCUGGCUGCACACCGGAGAUAUCGGCUUGGUGGACGACGACGACGAGAUCUUCAUCGUCGACAGGCUCAAGGAGAUCAUCAAGUACAAGGGCUUCCAGGUGGCGCCGGCGGAGCUCGAGGCCCUCCUCCUCACGAACCCGGAGGUCAAGGACGCCGCCGUCGUAGGGGUGAAGGAUGAUCUCUGCGGCGAAGUCCCGGUCGCCUUCAUUAAGAGGAUCGAAGGAUCUGAGAUCACCGAGAACGAGAUCAAGCAAUUCGUCUCAAAGGAGGUUGUUUUCUACAAGAGGAUCAACAAGGUCUACUUCACCGACUCCAUUCCCAAGAACCCUUCCGGCAAGAUCCUAAGGAAGGACUUGAGAGCCAGGCUCGCCGCUGGCAUCCCCACCGAAGUUGCCGCGCCGAGAAGCUAAGGGCCGCUUCUCAGGAACGCAAUCACCCAUGGUGCUGUUUAGGUGCUGUUAUAGACCACACCAAAUGGGGAAAGAAACUACGGGAGGGGAUCAUAUUAUUCUUGCAGGAGAUAUCAGUUUGUUGAUUCGCCCUGCUUGUGUAAUGUUGAUAAAAUGAAAUGAUAUAAUAGAUGUGUUGUUUUA